CUUUCUUUUCGGAACCCUAGUCGUUGUGAAGAAGGUAGAAGAAGGGAGAGAUGGAUUUGAAGCAAAGAGGUGUUACCGUUUGGAGGAUUUCUUUUGGUGCGAAAUCAGAGUUCAAGGGACAGCUUGGCCGUGCAAAUGAAAAGUUUAAAGAGGCUCAAUCUUCCUUAGUGUAUCAGCAGGGACAUACCAAGUACUAUGACGCGUUAGCUGGAUCCCGGGACGAAGAAGCAAAGGAGGCGGCCCAGGAGGUGGGGCGGUUGAAAUAUUCGUUAUCCCAAUCUGAGCUCAAGAUCGAUGUUAUUGCGCAUAAGGCCCGCUGCCAGCUCGCUGAGGAGGUUAAUAAUACUUUAACCAAGAUAGAGCAAUCCCUCUUGAAGGAGCAUAGCAUCGUUAAGAAAUACAUUCGUCGUCAUGUGCCCGAGCCAUUCACCUACACUUCCGAUCCCUCUUCGGGUGGAAGCGUACCUUCGUAUCAGAAGAAGAACGUAGCCGGUCCUGUCGAGCCUUCCCAGGGGAAGUAG